AAGUGAUUAAAGAUCUAAAUAUAUACAUGCAUACAUGUGCAUAUCAUUUGUCAAAUUCGCCGUCAGGGGACCUUCCUAUACCCACGCUCCUUCUUAUUUUUUCUUACCCCUCUUUAAUGGAUAAAAUCCCAUUCAGCUCAGAUUCCCAGCUUUCAAGACAUUUAAAAAACACCAGAUCCGGUUUCUCGUCCCACAAAUUCGUUGUCUGACGGCUGCUCCCGUGCAAACGCGCCUUUAUUACCAUUUCACGCGCCACCUAUUUUGGUUUCAUUUCUCUUCUCUCUUUCAUUUUUAUGCUGUUUGUAAAUGAAAAAAGAUCUUAAGAAGAUUGGACGGCGGUGAUUGAGAUUUGAGGUUUCGGAGGCAGCUGAGCUAUUUUGGUAGCUUUAAUGAAAGGUGAACAACUAUUAGUGCCAAGAAGAAGAUGGGAGGAGUGACGUCGUCGAUUGCCGCCAAAUUCGCGUUCUUCCCGCCGAACCCACCGUCUUACAGAGUGGUGGAGGACAAGUCAAGCGGUGGUCAGCUUUACAUACCGGAGGUACCGAGGAGGGAUGAUGUUGACGUCUUGAAGCUACGCACGCGCCGUGGAAACGACAUAGUCGCCGUCCAUAUUAAACACCCUAAAGCUUCCGCUACUCUCUUGUAUUCUCACGGAAAUGCCGCUGAUCUGGGACAAAUGUUUGAACUCUUCGUCGAGUUGUGUAAUCGCCUGCGCGUUAAUCUUAUGGGGUAUGAUUACUCUGGCUAUGGUCAGUCAACUGGAAAGCCAACUGAGUGUAAUACAUAUGCAGACAUAGAUGCAGCUUACAAGUGUCUUAAGGAAGAGUAUGGAGUUAAAGAUGAACAAUUAAUUUUGUGUGGUCAGUCUGUUGGUAGUGGACCUACGGUUGAUCUUGCUUCUCGUUUGCCCAACUUGAGAGGCGUUGUUCUACAUAGCCCAAUUUUGUCCGGCAUGAGAGUAUUGUACCCUGUCAAAAGGACAUACUGGUUUGACAUUUAUAAGAAUAUUGACAAAAUCGUAGCAGUGAACUGUCAGGUUUUAGUAAUUCAUGUAAGUAUUGCUUCCGUUUUUUUUUCAUUUUUAUCCUCUCCACUUGUUUCAUCACAUUAUCCCCUCCUCUUUCUCUAGCUUCCGUUUUACUAC